CCAUGAGUUUUUGUCCAACAAACUAAAUUAUUGGCGAGCUUUUGCACUCUUCAUUCCCUACAUUCCUGCGCCCCAAGGUCAGCCCUGUUGAUGCUCCGCUCCACGCCCCUCGCAUGUUGCCGCGUCUUUUCGGAGCCGCGCCAGCCCGAUUUCUAGCUUUGGAAAUCGUUACUUAUCCAGCGCUCAUGCGAUUCGCUUAUGCGUUGCUUCCCCAGUCGCUUUGUGGCACGCCUUCCCUCCGUACAUACCCUGGCAGAGUAUGUCUCCCCCAUCACCGACGGCUGCUAACAAUGUGCCAAAUCUCUCGCAACACCUUAUCCACUUAUCAGUGUAGUUAUAUAUGCUUGUACAUCCUUAACAAGAAAACUUCCCCAUGGAUAGCUCCGUCUUCCGUCCCUCUUCCGGGAGCGUAUGUACCCAAUAUGGAUGACUUGGUGUUCGACAACCCACGAAACAACCCGACCCGCCAGCAACACUUGAUUAAUCAAUCGCAGUGUUCCACUGGAUCAUUGCGUCACAAUAUUGCUUGAAGCACGAAGCACGAAGCAUACAGCAUUGCAGAGGCACACGGUCAUGGUCCAAGCAACGAAGUGGUACAAGGCGAACAUCUCAUCAAACAGUGAGAAACGGAUCUAGUCAAGAAUAAUAUUCGAAAUCUCCGCAUACAA